GGUUAAUCAUCUGCUGGCAUACACAUAUAAGCAACCUGCAAAUUAUACGAUCUGCACUCCCUCACCUCAAUUCGCCAACGCAAAAUUAUCGACAUGUUGUCUUUCUCUGUGCUCCUCUUAUUGAUGCCUCUCGUCUCUAGCAUGUCCCACAUGUCCCGCAUGCACAAGAAAGUGAGGGCCGUCGACACCACGUCGAUUAGUGGGCGAUAUGAUUCAGUCACUGCGGGACAAUACUCACUACUUAAUAAUCUUUGGGGCGAGCCUGGUGCUACCUCCGGCUCCCAAACCUCUGAGCUCACGUCAAUGAGUAAUAAUGCUAUUGCCUGGAAGACGAGCUGGACUUGGACUGGCGGAAACGGUGUCAAGAGCUACGCCAAUAUCCAGCUUAACAGUGGCAUCAAUCAACAACUUAGCGCCAUUUCCAGCAUGCCUACUACCUGGCACUGGUCUCAGUCGAACACAGGAACGGUUGAAGCAGACGUCGCCUAUGACCUGUUCACAUCUGACACAGCUGGCGGCUCAAAUGUAAACGAAAUCAUGAUUUGGCUUGCAAACUUCAACUGGGGACCAAUUGCUGCGCAAUACAACGCUACGGGCCAAGUUUUGCGUCUGCACGAUUAUCUGCGCAGUAUCAACGAUUUUUUAAGGAACCUGUACUCGGGAUCCAACGGAUACAACCAGGUUUACUCGUUUGUCCUGACUAACGGUAAAAAAAUCACUUCGUUCAGCGGCGACAUUUACGAAUUCCUUUCGUACCUGGUUGACAACGAGGGCAUGAGCUCGUCACAGUACCUCACAACUGCUCAGGCGGGCACAGAGGCUACGUCUGGAACGGCAAAAUUCACCACGUCUGCCUACAGCUUGUCCAUCAACUAAAAGUAUUUGAUGUGCACGUUGCAUGGGUUAUGGUGUAAGGAUAAUCUACGCCCCAAAAACGCUAAUAUUGCGGCACGGGUGUUGGUAGUGUAAGAGCUUCUCUUACACUCGGGUGUUAUCAGAGACAUCACCCUUGAUUCUUGUGGUUUUUCUAAUCCUACCUUCACCAUCCUACUACGUCACAUAUUUAUUGGUUCACUGUCCCACCGUGCAGCGCACGAUCAUCAUCACAGCACGUUGUCCUGUC